UAUGACGGUGAGGUUGGUAGUUGAACAUCCCUAACUGCACUCCUCCCGGAGUUUUAUUUAAUGGCUCUGUUACCGCAGCUUGUUUUCGUUUUUUUGGCUUUUACAGGUUUGACUGAAGGAGCUGGUUUGUUGCCUGAUGGUCCUCUGAAUGCAGCUGUAGGAGAGUCGGUGAUGUUCACUACAACACUGACAGCAGAAACACCAUUUUCAGUUGUGAUCUGGUCGUUCAAUGGUUCUAAGACUAUAAUAACCUCAACUUCUUCAAAUGUAACUGACCCAGAUUAUGAAGGCAGGAUCACCUUCUUCUCAUCUUCUGGAUCUUUGGAGCUCAGGGAUCUGGCUCUUUCUGACACUGGACCAUAUUCAGUUAACAUUAUAUCAGCUGGUGAGGCGAAGGUUGGAAGUACUACUCUAAUGAUAUAUGAGAAAGUCUCCAGUGUGUUGGUAACUUCCAGCAGCACAGACUUGGUUGAGUUCAACAGUUCUGUCACUCUGUCCUGCUCCUCCUCUGGAUCCCCCACCUCUUUCCUCUGGUUAAAUGGCAGCUCUGAGGUUUCAGCAAGUGACAGAGUUCAGCUCACUGAUGGCGGCUCCAGAUUGACUAUCAUCAGUGUGAUCCGUUUUGACCAGGGACCAUUCAGGUGCCGUGUGUCCAAUCCUGUCAGCAGUGGCACCAGUGAUCCAAUAACCCUCUCCAUUAGCUAUGGCCCAGAAAAUAUAAAUUUGAUCUUAUCUCCACCACAAGAAUACGUUGCAGUCGGGUCAGACAUCAGCCUCAGUUGCUCAGUUGGAUCCAGACCUCCUGCCCAGUUUAAGUGGUUUCUGAAUGGAGAUCAGCUGCCUGAUACUGGAUCAGAGCUCAGACUGAUGAACAUCCAGAUGAAUCACAGUGGAAACUACAGCUGUGAGGCCUUUAACAGCAAAACUCUGAGAUCUCAAAGAUCUCAGCCCUCAGCCAUCACUGUAUUGGAGAAAAUAUCAGGUGCUUCUGUCAAACCACCAACAAACCUGCCAGUUGAGGGGAACUCAGUCAGCUUAACCUGUGAGGCUUCUGGCUCAGUCUUCACCAGAAACUGGAUGAAGGAUGGCUCAGAUUUGACCCUCGCUGACAACAUGACCCUUUCUGACAAUAACAGAGUGUUGACCUUUAACACCGUGAAGAGGAAAGACAAAGGAGAAUAUUUCUGUGAUAUCAGCAACCCCAUCAGCAGUGAUAGAGCUAAAUAUGUCAUGGUUGUUAAUUAUGGACCAGAAAAUGUUCAAAUCGAAGGUCCAAAAAAGAUAAAUAUCAAAGGCACCUUAACUUUGACCUGCUCUGCUGACUCCACACCAUCUGUCAGAUUCACCUGGUUCUUUAAUGGGACAGAGAUAACCAGGAAUUCUGCUGAGUACAUUAAGGAAGAGGUUAAACUUUCUGACAGUGGCAACUACACCUGUCAAGCAUGGAAUAAUGUAACUGAUAGAACAUCUUCAUCAGCAGUGCAUGCACUGACUGUAACAGACAAGCCAUCACCAUGUGCUGCUGGUUGCAUCGCUGGAAUAGUAAUCGCAUGUUGUGUCAUCAUAGCUGCAGCUGUUGGUGGAGGGUACUACAUUUAUAAGAGAAAAACACAUGAGGAAUCUAUACACAGAGACACUUUAACUACAACAGGAGGCCAGGAUAAUGCAGGUUCCUCAACUCAGGAGUUGAACUAUGCAGACAUCAAGUUUUUCCCAAACAGAAAUGGCGAGAGAGUUCAGACGGGGUUAGAGAAUGACUCCACAGAUUAUGCUCAUGUCCAAAUGAACAGCAGGGCUCCUGCAGCAUCCACCCUUCCUACAUAUGACACCCACAUGAAUCGAGCGAAGAGGCCAGCCCCUCAGCCUGAGACUAAUGGUGCACAGAUUUACUCUCAGAUUCGCAAACACUGACUGUUUUGGAUACAAUAGAUUCAUAUCCAAGCAGGCCAGAAGAAGUAAGCUAGUUUGGACUUGAAGUCAAGGCACUUCAAAAGCAGUUAAUAAUCAACCAGCUAUGACAGAUACUGUCAAGGGAACAAUGUUUCCUUAUUACUUUGCAUCAACUGCAUAUCAUAGCUUUCCUGUCCUUGUGUUCAUCAUUUUCUGUGUACAGU